CAUUUUCUUGCGAGUUUGUUGUCAAUUGUCUUCGAAAUCUCAAGAAGAAAUUCGAAUUCGAGUUUCGAAAUUUUGAUCACGGAGUUGCCAGGAUUUCAUCCAUGAACUCGAAGCUCAUCUUUGAUAUGCCUUUCUCUUAUUAGUUCAAUCGUUAAAUAAUGUGCGCAUUGUGGUUAAUAGUGGAUAAAUUACUCAAUCUGUGGAUAUAAACAUCUUAGAUAAGUACAGACUUUUAUCCUUUGCGUGAAUUCAUGACAGCUUGAUGUAGUCAGCUGUCAUUCAGCGUCGGUGUUUCACCAGAAAUUCUGCUCUGAAAUCCGUUCUGUAUCAAGCUGAAAGAUGGAUACUGGUGGUUCGACAAAAUUUAUUGCGUCAAAUCAGAAAUUGUUCGCAUCUGUUAAAUUUUACUUGAGUGGAAAUGUCAGAGGAGAGGUAAUCAAUGCCCUGAAAGAAGGUGGUGCUGAAGGUACGAAUUAUUUUUCGGACUUUGUCACACAUUGUAUCAUUGGAGAUAACUAUUCCGAUAAUGAUAUUAGCGAUGCAAGGGAUCUUUAUGAAGUUCCCGCCAUUAUUCAAGACUGGGUUUCAAUGUCCAUCCGCUGCAAGAAACUGUUACCUACCAAAGCUUUUUCAGCUCCAGAUCAAUGUUUAUUCAGUGGGAUAUCAGUAUGUUUAUCUCAAGUUAGUCAGUCUGACUGCAAAUCGUUAUGGGCUUUAGUUACGUUUAAUGGAGGAUCAUGUACAUUAACGCUGAAUAGAAAAACUACUCACUUGAUCACUAUCAAAACUGAUCACGCUAAAUACGAAUAUGCUAUGAAUAAAGCUGCGGGCAGUAUAAAAAUAGUUACUCCGGAUUGGUUAAUAGAUAGUAUUCAAAGUAAAACAAUUUGCACUGAAUCAUUGUAUCAUCCACGACUUUUGAUUUCUCCCAAAGUUACGUCACCAUCAUCAACAACUCACAUCACUGGUUUUGAAGACAUCGAUUCAACAGUUCAGCCUGCACUCGAAGUAAAAGAUAAUGGCGAUUUGGAGCAAUUGAAACAAAGAUUACCAUGGAAUCAGCUUUCAUCAAAUGAAAAAGGAAGUAAUUCGGAAUCUCAACGGAAUUCUCAGAAUAAUCAGUUUACUCCGCCCGCAAGCGUGUUGUCAUCAGUUCCUCAGUCAAAAGUAGUAUCUAAUAUUGCUCUUUCCCAGAUAGGUCGAAGUCAGUCUCAACUAUUACAUAUUUCCGGUGUUCAAAUGCAUCAACAAACCAAUCAAAUCCUGCAAAUUCCUACGCAACCAUCUCAGACAACUCAGGGACCUUCUGUUUCCACAGUUCCAGCAUCUAUGUUAUCUACAUCUUCAAUGCAAAUGAUGACGCCAUCAUCUAGCGUUUCUCAAACUAAUGUUACAAUGUCGAAUACUAACGCUUCUCAAUCGCAGUCAAUAGGAUUGACACAGUUUUUACAUUCAUCAACAGCAGGGGUUACUAAUCAUUUGACGACGUUAUCUAAUAGCAAUCAGACACCGAAUAAGGUGCAGUUUGUACCUCAACAAUUACUAAUACAGGGUCAACAAGGUAAUCCGCAGAGUAACAUAAUACAACAACAACAGUUGAUUCUUCAAAAACGUAAUGUUCCUCAUCCACAAAGAAUACUAGUUCAGCAGCAAUUAGUUGCCCCAGGAGGAGUUACCUGGCGCACAGGCAAUGUUGUUCAACAACAAACACCUCAAGGCUCACAACAGCAAAUUCAAAUUGGAAAUCAAUUCACGUUGUCUUCUCCGAAUGUUACUCAAGUAAAUUGGCAGCAGCAGCAACAACAGCAGCAGCAACAGCAACAACAACAACAACAACCUCAGCAACAGCAACUGCUAUUGUUACAGCAACAUCAACAUCAACAACAACAACAAGUGCACGGUAAACAAAUGCAGCAGCAAAUUGUUCAGCAAAAUGUGCCAGGUCAAGCCCAGCAAAUACAGCAGCAAAUGAUGCAACAACAGCCUCAACAAAUUCAGCAACACAUUCAACAACAGCAGCCGCAACAAUUUUUGCAGCAAGCGAUCACACAGCAACAACAAAUAUCCCAACCGGGUCAAAAAAUUAUCCAACAACAAAUUCCUCAGCAGCUAUUACAGGUGCAGCAGCAACAACCGCAACCGAAUCAGCAACAAUUAGGACAGCAACGGCAUGGUAUUAUUUGGACACAACAGUUACCUAAUUCCACUUCCGAAGAAAUCCAUAUGGAUGCGAAAACUCAUCAACAGCUGCAAUCAAUGACGAACGUAGAACGUACUGAGUUUAUUAAAAAACUACAUUACCAGAAAAUACUUCAGCAAAUACAGCGUCAGCAGCAGCAGCAGCAGCAGCAGCAGCAACAACAACAAUUGCAGCAAAAUCCCAACCAAAUGCAGCAGAGACAGUUGACACAAUCUAUUGUAAGUGGAACUACAAAUAUCGUUCGUCAAGUGGGCCCUGGAGGACAAACUGUUAUCCGGGCCAUUCCGCCUGGAAUAGUGCCUGCUGGGUUAACUCAACAGCAGCAGUUACAGUGGUUACAGCAGAAGCAGUUAUUAUUACAACAAAGUCAUCAGCAAAAUGUGGUUAGGACACCAGUUCUAACUACUAUUAAAGGAAACAUAGUGCAGCAAGUUCAACAAAUUCCUGUCCAACAGCAACAGCAAUUACAGCAGCAAACAAAUCAACAGCAACAAACCCAACAGGCAGUUAUGCAUUCUCCCUCUCAACAACUAAUUAACACAGCGAUUUUACCAAACGCAGCCGAUGGUAAUUCUGUUUCUGUUUGGCAAAGAAGAACUGAUCCAAGCCAUCCAGUCACGUCACAGCAGUUAGUUCAAUUGCAGCAAAGGCAGCACUUACAAAGACUCCAAAUCUUACAAGAUAAUCAAAAACAACAGCAGCUGUUACAACAACAGCAGCAGCAGCAGCAACAACAACAACCUGGUUAUCCGCAGCAAGGUGGUCUUACAUCAAACACUCCAAACCAGAUGGCUACUGCUCAACAAGGUCAAAGCGUUGGUCAAGUAGCAUUGAAUACCAUACCUGCAUCUUCCCCUCAAAAUCCUAGUCAAGUUCAACAGCCAUCUACACCCAUCACUCCGAAUGUAGCUUCUUCACCAGUCACACCGCAAACCCCGACCUCGCAGAUUCCUAUGGAUGUAGAUAUGAACAAUGGGCAAAUCCAACAACAGGUGAGUUUACAACAGCAACAACAGCAGCAGCAUUUGGUAGUGAAUUCUAAAACCAAAACAGCACUCGCCAAUAUGUUGAGUAUCAGACUUCAAAACGGCGUACCGCAACCAAAUCAGCAAGCUUCCGUUUCUACGUCGCAGCCUAUUAUUGCUGGUCAGCAAGAAAUGAGUGCUGCUGGUCAAUUGAGAAUGAUGACCGCUCAGCAUCACGCAGCACAACGAAUACAACCACCACCCCCACCUCCGCCGCCAACACCGUCUGGAAAUUCGCAACAACAGUAUCAGCAGAGAACUGUACUGAAUAACGUUACCAAUAACACGCAAAACACUAGUCCUACUUCAGUUGGAAGAGGCGGAAGAGCUAUUAAUGGUGUUAAGCCAUCCAUUAAUAAUCAUUCCGUCAAUCGAGUUACGCAAGCGUUGGCAAAGUGUGCCGCUGGUCAAGUAGCUAGUCAAAACGUCGUUCCACAAACGAGAUUUUACGGACACACUCCCAACUUACAAAUUCCACCUGACAAAUGUUUGUUGGGAUGCGUGUUCUUGAUUGUAGAGUACGAUAAGCAUCCAGAGUUCUGCCAUCAAGUUCCCAAAUGGAAAGUUAUCAUCGAAGAUAAUGGAGGCGAAGUAGAACCUGCGUACUGCAUGAAGUUGACGCAUAUAUUAUGCCAAACGCAAAAACAUCCCUUAGUGCAGCAGGGUUUAAGAGACGGUAAAAGGUGCGUGACGGCUGAUUGGUUGAGUGACAUUCUUGCAAAGCAGCAACUAAAUCCUCCAUUUUUCGCGUUACAUGUUCCUGUACCAUUCAGUGACGAGCGCCCUUGCAGACAGUUUAUGAUGUCGUUAACUGGAUUCAAAGGUGAUGAGAGAACGCGUGUAAAACAUAUGAUCGAGCUUACUGGUGCAAAAGUCACCUCAUAUUUUUCGACUGAUAAUAAUUUUUUGAUCUGUCGACGACCUGAAGGAAAAAAAGUAAAGAAAGCGCGUGACUAUGGAAAACCAGUUGUGAAUGUUCAGUGGUUGAAUGAAAUUAUUUUCGGUCAUUUCUCUUGCAUAUAUCAGCCAGAUUUACCAAAAUUUCAGCAAUACAACAUCAAUAAUCCUUUUAAAAUCGAAUACGUUUUAAUUAUGCAUUUGAUGAUUCCUUGGAAAAUUCCAAUUCAUGUGCCACCAGAAAUUUUGGAAAAGGUUGCAGCUGGUUCUUCAACCCAUAUCAACAAAAGGAAACGUUCCAGACCAAGCACAUCCGGAAUCAUGGACCUAGAUCAGGAAAAUUCGGAAGCUCUGUUAAAUGAUGUAGCAGUUACAAAUCCGAAUCCGCCAGCUAUUGAAUCUCGCCCAUUGGUUUUAUUUUCCGGUUUCGUUAAUCCUAUUAAUGAACAGAAGAUGGUAAAACAAUUGGGAGGUGAAUUAGCCAAGUCUGCUCGCGAUGCGACCCAUCUUGUAAUGAAUAAAGCUGUGAGAACUUACAAGUUUUUGUGUUGUAUUUCAACCUGCAAACAUAUAGUGAAUAUCAAUUGGUUGAAGGAUUCGUUCAGCCAUAACACUUUUCUAGACGAAGCCCCGUAUACUAUCGAAGAAGUAGAAAUUGAAGGCGGAUCUGUUAAAUGUAACGUUAGUAAAGUGCUUCAAUCUAAAGAACGAAAUCAAUUAUUCAAAGGUAAAAUUUUCUAUAUUACUCCCGGUGUUGUGCCUGCUGCGUCGGCAUUACGGGAAAUAAUAGAAUGUGCUGGAGGAACUGUUGAAAAACAACGAAGGUCUUUGAAAAAUAUUCAAGAAAUGAAACCUAGAACGUAUUUGCCUAUUACUUGUUCUGGAGACCUGCAUCUAGUUGCCGAUUUAAUUCAAAAUGAUUGCGGUGCGUAUAAUGCUGAAUUUGUUUUAACUGCUGUGAUGACUCAGCACAUUCAAUAUGAUACCGUGUUUAGAAAAGCCAAAUCAAAUUCUAAUCAUUUGCCGUAACUACUUUUAAGAAUGAUUCUCCAUUUACGUUUUACGGAUAUAUAAUACAUACUUAAUUCCUUUGCUCUGCAUUUUUAUUAAUCUAAUUUGUGAUACAAAGUAUUGUAUUUCAUCAAUUUCAUAGGUUUUAAAAUUUCACCAUUGAAGUAAUAUACAUGCUAUUUCAAAUGAACGGUUUACUAAUGAUGUAAAAGUAUAUAAUCAGUCAUAAAGGAUCUGCCCUUUCACACCUAGUAUGUUAUAUUUUCAUUUCAUCGAGUUAUUGAAGCAAAAAAUUUUUCUGAGUGUUCAUUUACUUUUAAGUUUUUUCUUACGUUUACGUUUAAUUUGUAUAAUGAAUCAUCGGGUUUGAAAAUAUCAUUUUUGUGAAGAAAACUAUUUAUUUUUUUAGAUUUUUCAGUAAAUACCUAACCUUUCUUUGUUGUUUAUAAAGAUGAUUCUUGUAAAUGUUUUUAUUAUGAAGUAGGUACUAUGUUUUAUUGUUUUUUUGCCUUCAUUUUGUCACGGUGUAUAAAUCUAAUAUUACGUAGAGUUGUACUCGUAUAUUGUGUGUGAUUAAAUGUUUUGAUUUCUA